AGGUCGGUGCACCCAGGGUGACCCCCACUCCGUCCCGCUGUUCCAAGUUCAAAGAACCGUUGGUUCGCGGCCGUCGUCGUCGGUGCGUCGAGAGUAGGCGGUGGGGAAUAAUCGCGUCGACGAGGAGGGGCGGAAGCCAAAAGUGAAACGCAGCUGCUGUCAGUUAUCUCGCGAUCGCGGUGCGGGCCGUGUUCAGUGCAGUUUGUAUCGAUGGGAGAGCAUCGCGAGUACAAUUCAGUGAGUCAGUGGCAGUGACGAGUUUACAUUUUCCCGCCCUGAGAAGCGACUUGAAUUGAGUUUCGAAAAUGUCGCUGUCCUCGGACAUGAGUCUGAUGGACCUCCUGUUCGACCGGGAGGAUCCGAUGCUGAAAGACGUUAAGCACGAGUCCGUUCUCAUGGACGACGAUUGCCGGGACGACGCUAUAGCGACGGAAGAAUGGCCGACGAAUCCGGACGAUUUCCUGGACUCGAUAUUCAAGCUGGACAACCAGUUCGAUCUGAUAGACAGCGACCUGGUUGCAAUUCCGUCCUCCUCGUCGGACAGCGGACUCUCGAGUGCUUUAAGCUCGUGCGAACAGCAGCUGAGCCCGCUACUGCCGAUCGAGGAAGAGCAGAUAGAAUUCAACUCCGACUUGAACAGCCCUCGGGAUUUCGUCGAAUUCGACCCAAUUGAGAGCCCGAAUCAAUCCCUUGAAUCAAGCCCCGAAAGUCCGAUCGACAGCCCGAUCAGAUCGGUGAUGAGCUCGAACCUCGGAUCACCUGGGACGGAUGCCACGGAGGAAAUGGACUUUGAACAAACCCUCGUGAACGUCGUCGAGCCCAACAACAUCGCCGACGGACAAUCCCAGGAGGCCGUCGUCGUCCAGCAACAGCAACAGACCCUCAAUUUUAACGUCGUGACACAACACCAGCCAGAAAUUCCACCGGAAGCGACGAUCAAUCUGCGCAAUCUUCAGAGUAACAAACGUAAUAACAUUAGACAAUUGAUCCGGGUAACACCGGUCGGCUCGGGAAAUCCGCGUUCGAUUCUCCUUCCGGUAAGCCUAAAGGACAUGAAGGAAGUCCGGACGAUAAAAAUCAUAAACGCGACGCAGGCGAGGAAUCUUAAAGGCUUCAAGAUCAACCAGGGCAACGUGAUCAGCAAACCAUUGUCGGUGAGCAUCAAGCAGGACGAUUCCGGUAGCGAAAAGGGUGGAAUAUCGAGCGACGAAGUGAGUUCGGAACCGGAAACGUCACCGUACCCUCGGCUGAAGCUGAACAGUGAGGAAAAGCGGUUGCUCCAGAAGGAGGGAAUCACUCUGCCUACUCACUAUCCGCUUACCAAACACGAGGAGCGCGAACUCAAGAGGAUCAGACGCAAGAUACGCAACAAGAUAUCCGCCCAAGACUCCCGCAAGAGGAAAAAGGAGUACGUCGACGGCCUCGAGGACCGCGUCAAGCAGUGCACCGAGGAAAACAUGACUCUCCUUAAACGCAUCAAGGCCCUCCAGAGCCAAAACCAGAGUCUCGCCGGGCAGCUAAAGAGGCUGCAAACCCUCAUACAGAACAGCAACAAAAGUGCACAGCCUGCCACUUGUCUGAUGGUUCUUCUGCUUUCUCUCGCCCUCGUCGCCGUACCAAACCUUCGUCCGCACUCGAACGCGAACAGCAACGAGCUAGCGCAGGAACAGGAGCAGUCGGAGAAAAUGCCACCACUUGCAGGACGAUCGCGCAGCCUGCUUUAUACGAAGCAGCUUCUGGGCGAAGACCUCCAGCUGCAGUGCGGCGAGGAGCUCCUCCAGGAAGUCGAAGGCCUCCUCGACCACGACUACAACAGUCCAGCUUUGGCGGUUCCGGCGCAUAAACGCCCCCGCCUGGACCCGGACCCGGCGUCGAAGAUGACGUCGCGGUACGAAUACGUCGGCGGAACCCUGGGCCAAGGGUCGGAGGGCGACGUGAAGCCGGGACGAAGGUUCAUUGAGCCUCCCCUCGACGACGUUUGGCCCCCGCCAAAACCGGGGGGCGAAGCGGCGACGAAGAUCGUCGACAAACUCGAGGCGCUGACGAACGAGCUCAAAAUAAACAUCUCCGACGCUGACGGGACCAGAACGGUCCUCCUCAAAGUGCCCCAGGAGCAAUGAACGUUUUUGAGGGACGCCGAUUUACUCAUAUUUUAUUUUAUACGCAAGUUUUCCUUUUCUCUUU